AUGGCACCUGUCGAGUUCUAUCGUUACACGGACACCCGUGCUGACACCAUAAUCUACAAAUUCGACGUCGACGUCCUCCAGAAUCCAUCUCAUUACCCCCGCAACGAGUCUCCAAUCUCAGUCUACCACCAUUACCGCGCCAAUUACAGUUACAAAUACCUCCUACACUCCGACCUCCUCCCCGAAGAACUGGCUAUCGAGCGUUGGAACAAAGACCAGCAACCAACCGCCAACAAGCUUAUGCACAGAGAGGAGGUAUCGCGGGAGAGUGGCAUGGUCAUUCGCACGAGUUAUGUAAGGCAGAUUGGGAAGGCGAGGGGUUUGUCGCCGGAGUGUUUGGUUGAUACGUUGCCAUUACUCCAGUGGAGAGAGGUGACGAUGAGAUAUCUGGAGAGUGGUUAUCGUUUCCGGAUCCGGGUGCUGAUAACCUUCUUUAUUCUUCUUCACCCUCACUCACUCAAAGUUCUCGAUGGGACAGAUAAUCAGUUCCAAGUGUGGUCUAAUCGCUCUGCAGCGACACGCUUGACUAUACGCAAGACAAAGAUGCACAGACUGAGUAACUCUGAUUACGUUAAAUACAGGCUGAAUAGUUGCUUCGACAGCGAUGGAUCGGACGUAGAAAAGGAUUACAAACAGCGACUGCAAGACUGUCUGGACGAGAUCAAGUAUCAAGGCACAUUCUCUGCAUUCCAAAGUCACAAGCAAUAUGUCAACCCCGGUUUAAAUCGCCAUUCGGCAGGAAGGACGAAACAUUUGUCGAUGAGACCGUCCGGGAAAACUUGGGAGUUGGAUGCCGCAGAGUUCCAGUUCCGAUUGACACACAUCCACUGCGUCGAUGCCAAUAACCUUUGCGCCCUUUUACGCAUGGACAACGUACCUAGAUGUCUUGAACAAAAGGCCAUACAGGAUCUCGGCGUGCAGGUACCAACGUCCGCACUGCGGUAUAAAGUCUUGUUCUACGAAGAAAACGCAUUUUUCAAAGCACACCGCGACACGGAGAAGGUUCCGGGGGUGUUCGGAACUCUGGUCAUCAACCUGCCAUCGGAGCAUGCAAGCGGAGAUGUCUAUCUAGUCCAUGGAAAAACUCACGAGUACUGA